CACGCCACCAUCCGUCGGAGAUCAUAUGGAGAAAAGGGAGGAGGCAGAAGGGGCAGCCCUAUUGUAAUAUAAUUAAUUAAGCUAUACAUCUAAAUAUACAGAUUCUUAUUGAUAGAUUGGAGAUCAUAUGGAGAAAAGGGAGGCGGCAGAAGGGGCAGCGCUGCUGCCUGGAGGCGGAGGAGUGCUACUGCGGCUGCAAACAGGUGAUGAGGAGGAGGAUAAGCGCCUACGGGUGGCGGUGACCAAAGAGCUAAAGAAGCUGAUGAGCAUAGCAGCGCCGAUGGUGGUGGUGACGGUGUCACAGUACCUGCAGCUGGAGGUGGUGUCGCUCAUGAUGGUGGGCCACCGCAGCGAGCUCUCUCUCUCCAGCGUCGCCAUGGCCACCGCCCUCUGCACAGUUUCCGGCUUCAGCGUUCUUUUGGGAAUGGCUGGUGCAUUGGAAACCCUUUGUGGUCAAGCCUACGGAGCAAAAAAAUAUGAGAAGCUUGGAAUUUAUACAUACAGUUCCAUGGUCUCUCUCCUUCUUGUUUCUAUCCCAUUAUCACUGCUAUGGAUAUUCUUGGAUAAACUGCUAAUACUGGCAGCCCAAGACCCCUUAAUCUCCCAUGAAGCCGGAAAAUAUGCUACUUCACUUAUCCCAACAUUAUUUGCUUAUGCUAUUCUUCAAUCACUAGUUCGGUACUUCCAGACACAGUGCCUGCUCUUCCCAAUGCUCCUGAGUUCAUGUGCAACUCUUUGCUUCCACGUACUUCUCUGCUGGGCUCUGGUAUUUAAGUUUGAUCUAGGGAAUGUUGGAGCAGCUUUGGCCAACGGAGUAUCGUGUUGGUUGAAUGUGAUCGGCCUUGGGCUUUACAUGAAGUACUCUUCAGCAUGUGAGAAAAGCCGUGUGCCAUUCUCCAAGGAUGUUUUUUUAAGCAUUGGGGAGUUCUUCCGCCUUGCAAUCCCUUCUGCUGUAAUGGUUUGUCUCGAGUGGUGGUCAUUUGAGCUGCUCAUUUUGCUUUCUGGGCUUUUUCCAAAUCCAAAGCUGGAGACGUCUGUGCUUUCUAUAUGCCUUACUGUGACCUCAUUGCACUACUUCAUACCAUAUGGGUUCGGGGCCGCUGCCAGUACUCGAGUUUCCAAUGAAUUGGGGGCAGGGAAUCCAAAAGCUGCUAAUGUUGUGGUUUGGGCAGUCAUGAUUCUAGCAGUGACCGAGGCCAUUGUUGUGUGCACAAUUCUUUUCUGCAGCCGCCAUAUUUUGGGCUAUGCCUACAGCAAUGAGAAGGAAGUAGUGGAUUAUGUCUCAGACAUUACUCCUCUCAUUUGUCUCUCUGUUGUCUUGGACAGCUCCCAUGCAGUACUCUCUGGGGUUGUUAGAGGGUGUGGGUGGCAGGAUAUAGGGGCCUGUGUCAAUCUUGGGGCAUUCUAUUUGGUAGGACUUCCAUUGGCUGCUCUGUUGGGUUUCAUUCUAAAUUUGAGAGGGAAGGGCCUUUGGAUUGGGACAGAGAUUGGGUCUAUGGUACAACUAACUCUGCUUGCUCUUUUUACAAGCUUGGCAAAUUGGCAAAAACAGGCAACAAAGGCAAGCGAGAGGAUAUUUAAGGGUAAAUUAUCAGCUGAUAUUGAAUUGAGUUCAAUUGAAUGAACAAGAGGAAAAUGGGACCUCAUUGACGAAUAAAGGGGAUUCGUCGACAAGUUCAACGGGCAGAAUGAUACUAACGGGCGGAAAAUGGCUACUUUGCCAAAUAAAAUAUCUUUUUUUUUCCCCCAACAGCUAGUUAAUGGCUCCUAAGGCUCUUGGGCUAUAAAUACAAGCUAUUAGACUUGUACUAACAUGGUUUUGAAGGUCUUUGAUCAUUGUUAGUAAAAAAAAUCAUUUUAUACAAAACCUAGCACAUAACAUAUUAAUUCUUCAUUACAUGUGCUCAUUCUCUCUUGCUCACUUAUCAUGUUUGAUUCAAUUCUUGAGAGAAUAGUGUGAGGUUUGAGUUGUAAAUCAUAUUUGCUUAUUGUAAGGAGCAUUCUUUGUAAUCUUCCAUCUUCUUGUGAAAGGUUCUUUGUGAACUAAGUUGUAAGGUUCUUUGUGAACCGAAUCAGUAAAGACUCUUUGUGAGCGGUAGGGAUUUGUUCCCGAGUUUGUAAGGCUUGCUCUACUGCGGAAGGAGCGAUUACAGUGGAUUGUAGAAUCCUUGACUUGGUGCUAAGGCGUGGACAUAGGCUUGGUGUCGAACCACGUAAAAAUACCGGUGUUGUUCUUUCUCUCCUUUACACUCUUUAUU